AUGGAACUAGUGCUUUUGUUGUCUUGCCUGAUGGUGACCCUUGUCUGCGGUGAUGAUAUUUCAAACUGCCCCACAAAUCUCCACCAAGGCACCACUCUGAAGGCCUACCAAGGUCAUUGUUACGAAUUCAAGAUUCACCGAGCCAUCGACUUUCACCAAGCAGAGAGUGACUGCAAAUCAAGAGGGGGUCAUGUGGUUGCCGUCAACAGUAUGGACGAACAGAACUUCAUUAUGUCCACAUUAAAGUCCUUUCCAUUUCAUGGCCAUGGUGUGUGGAUAGGGUUUACUGAUGGUCAAGUAGAGGGGAAGUGGACAUGGACCACAGGGGAGACAAGCACGUUUACCCACUGGAGGCCCGGGGAGCCAGACGGACGGAAGCGCUUCCUGUUGGAUGCCGAGGAAGACUGUGCCAUCAUAUUGUACUCUGACGCCUCAGGUCACUGGGACGACAUACCCUGUGUAAAGCAGGACCCACUGGGGCUUGUUCAUCAACAUUAUCCAUAUGUCUGCGAAUACUUGCAAGGAAUAGCUACAGCCAACACCAAUACGAGCCCUCCGCCUACCACAGCAGUCUGA